AUGAUGUUCAAGGUGAAAACCCAUCAGAUAAGGGGGAGGAGCGAUUCAAGUGCAAGCAGCGAGGUGGAACAACAACUCAGAGACGAAGGAGAAUUAGGCCUUGUUCUGGCUAAGGUUCUCGUUAAUGGCAGCGGCGACGUCCAGGGAAUGGUGAAAGGCUCCAGGCAUCGCGAUGAGGGGCGUUGGCGAGUCCUUGAACUGAGUCGCAUGGGCGACUUCGAUGACAGUUGUUUGGGCGAUGGAUCCUCAGGCAACCCCAGAAGCUCAUUAGGUGACGCCAGAGGCUCCUUAGGCGAAGCUACCACGUUGCGCGUAGAGAACAAGGGGACAUUAGGCAAAGGAGGCCAAGAGGACGAUGCCUAUGAGAUUGUUGGCGACGUCAUGGGAGGCCAAGAGGGCGGCAUCCAUGGCACGAGGGAUGACACUACAGUAGCUAGAG